UCUGAGAUUCUUUAUCAGUUUCUCCUAAUGCUUGAGAGGUCACGCUCUCACUUCGGAAACAGGCGGUGGACGUGUUGCAGUUGCAGUGCGCACUGAAAAUCGGAUAUAAAAGAGCGCCUGACUCUCCUUCCUCCUUUAUUCCACCACCUUCUGUCUACAUCAUCACUCACCUCCAUCCUUUUUCUCAUUCAUCCUUAUUCUCAUUCAUCAACUUACAUCCUUAUCCUUAUUCAAUAACCUAAACAAAGCUCCACCUACUCACUCAGAUACUAACAAUCUACCAUGAAGUUCAACGUCCUCCUCGCGGUCGUCGGCGCCCUCGGCGUCGUGGCCUCUGCGGUUCCUACCCAGCCAGCAGUCAACUCAGCCGGCGUCGAGCUCAGCGCAGUCCUCAACGGCAUGGACGGCAUGGACCUCAGCGCAGUCACCACGCUGAGUGAUCCUCAGGUCGAUGCCACCUGCGGCGAUUGCUUCAACGCUUACAUCGAGUGCUGCGCUGUGAGUCUACCUCGCUCGACCUGACAUUAGCUGUGCUGUAAGC